GCAGCGCGGCGCCUCCGCAUCCCGGCCGCGCCGGCCUCAGCGGGGCCAUGGCGGAGAUCACCAGCGUCCACCCGGGCUUCGAUGUCUCUCCAGUGGUGGCAGGCCUCAUUGGUGCUACUGUCCUCGUGGUUUCUGUCUCAGUAACAGUUUUUGUGUGGACAUGCUGUCACCAGCAAGCAGAAAAGAAGCACAAAACCCCCCCGUAUAAGUUCAUUCACAUGUUGAAAGGCAUCAGCAUCUAUCCAGAGACCUUGAGCAACAAGAAGAAAAUCAUCCGCAUCCGGAGAGACAAGAAUGGCGCUCCCAAGGAGGCAGGAAGGGGAAACCUCUCGGUGGAUGCUGCUGAAUCCGGUUUAAUAGGCUCGGAGAAAGCUCCGGACGGGCCAAGCGCAGCCCCUCGCGUCGACCAGCUCCCCAUCAAAGUCGAUUACGGAGACGAACUAAGCCCGGAUCCGAGCCUCACCCCGGGAGGAAGCAAAACGUCCUCGCCGUCGUCGCCAGGGGACGAGGUCCUGCUGGGCGAGCUGACUUUCUCCGUGGACUACAACUUCCCCAAGAAAGCCCUGGUCGUCACUAUCCAGGAGGCCCACGGGCUGCCCGUCAUGGACGAGCACACGCAGAGCUCUGACCCCUACAUCAAGAUGACAAUCCUCCCAGACAAGAGGCAUCGGGUGAAGACUCGCGUGCUGCGCAAGACGCUGGAGCCGGUGUUCGACGAAACCUUCACCUUCUACGGGAUCCCCUACAGCCAGCUCCAGGACCUGGUGCUCCACUUCCUCGUGCUCAGCUUCGACCGCUUCUCCCGGGAUGAUGUGAUCGGGGAGGUCAUGGUGCCCCUGGCAGGCGUGGAUCCCAGCACCGGCAAGGUUCAGCUCACCCGGGAGAUCCUCAAGAGGAACAUACAAAAGUGCAUCAGCAGAGGGGAGCUGCAGGUCUCCUUGUCCUACCAGCCCGUGGCUCAGAGGAUGACUGUCGUGGUGCUGAAAGCCAGGCACUUGCCAAAGAUGGACAUCACUGGCCUCUCAGGUAAUCCCUACGUGAAGGUGAACGUUUACUACGGCAGGAAGCGCAUCGCCAAGAAGAAGACUCACGUGAAGAAGUGCACUUUGAACCCCGUCUUCAACGAGUCCUUCAUCUACGACGUCCCCGCGGACCUGCUGCCCGACGUCAGCAUCGAGUUCCUGGUCAUCGACUUCGACCGCACCACCAAGAACGAGGUGGUGGGGAGGCUGAUCCUGGGCGCGCACAGCGUCACGGCGGCGGGCGCCGAGCACUGGCGGGAGGUGUGUGACAACCCCAGGAAGCCCAUUGCCAAGUGGCACAGCCUGAGCGAGUACUAGAGCUUGUAGGGCAGCCUUAACCCUUGUUGUAGCUGUAGGACUAAACCUUGGUGCAGCAGCAGCUGAUGAUGAUGAUGAUGGGGUUCUCUUGUGAUGCGAUUUCUUGCAGGGCACUCAGAUUCGAAAGAGCAGUCAAUGAAACCCAGAAACACAGAUAUAUAUACCAGUGUACUCACGCUAUUGCAUGCCUAAUACAAACUGACGUUAGUAUAACGACCACUAUCCAGUUGCAGAUUUUAAUACAAUUAAUUCUCUGUCCCUAUGGAA